UCUCUCACUUCCACGGUUCUUCUCUUUUUUUAUUUUGGUCGUCGACCUUCCCACCCUCCCCACUCUCUCGCUCUCGCUCUACACGUUCCUCUCUCUCUCUCUCUCUCUGUCUCCCGCUCUUCUCUCCCUCGAACGCCACCCUCCACCUGUCUGUCGCGUCGUCUCUGCUCCCCCCCCCCGCUCCCCCUCCUCCAACCACCCAUCCCCCCCACCACUCCUUCACCCCACCCCACGGCAUCCGGUCAACACGCGACUGUCUCCUUUAUUUACACCGCGAACUACGACGACGACGAUGCUGUGCCGCAACGUGAACGGGAACGCCGACCUCCUCGCCGCCUCAUCUUCGUCAUCGUCAUCGUCAUCCUGGUGAACGGUUUGGCGUAAACAAAAACAAAAAAAAAAAAAAAAACAACAACAAUAAACAAAAAAAAUAUCAAAAAAAUAACGAUAACAAUAACAAAACUAAACACACAAAUCGGGUCCGCUCCGCGACACCCGGUGUUGUGAAAAAUCCGAAUCUCCUAAAACCCGCUGCCUGAUCCAUCCACGAUCAUUAUAACCCCGGCAAUAAACCGUCACCAUCUGCACCAUCGCCGAUCACGUGGCUUGUUCGACGGCGACACUGUACGACAAUGUUCACGCCGCACCCUUGUGCGGUUCCGGCGUGGGCCACCCUGGCUCCGUCACGCCGAUGGGUGCAGCCGCCGGAGCGGGGAAUUCCGCCGGGGUGACGACCUGGUGGAACAUCAUGAACAGCGGCCUCUACGAGGACAGCUCCCCGCCAGUACCGCCGACCUCCUCUCUCCUGCCGAUUCAGCAGCAGCAGCAGCAACAGCAGCAGCAGCAGCAGAACUCUACGCCAGGCUCUCACCAGCAGGCGACGACACCGACGUCCCCGGGCGCUCCCGCAUCGGCUGGCACCGUGCCGCCCCCGCCGACAGCGAGCGCGAGUUCGACUUCACCGAGUGCCUCCUCGGUAGCGAGCAACAGCGCCGCUGGUCCUCUCCACAUACCUGCAAAGCGGCUGACCGCCACCCCCGGGGGCGGAUCGACCUACGGCGAGGUUCCCUGCGUCGAGCCCUCAGGGGCGGCGGGCGCGGGGGCGGGCGGCGUGAUCAGGCACUCGCACUCCUCGACCGGCGGCUCUCAGGGCGGCUGGAGCUACAGCCCCCACCACCCCCAGGACCCUGCCCAUUACGCGGCGUCGGGGGCCGCAGCGGACCCGCUGAACCACCACCAGGCUUACGGGGGUGCCAACCCCCCCACCUACUACAACCUGGCGGCCGACCCAACCUCGACGACGGGCUCCUCGAGGGACAGCCGAAAGGCCGCCGCCGCCCUCAGCUUCUGGUCACCGGCGGCGGCCACGGCCUCCUCGGGGGGCGCCGGCGGACCAACCCCCGCGGAUUAUAAGUCCUACAACUCUUCGGGGGGUGCCACCGCUGCAACUUCCUCCGCCGGCGGGGGCGGAUCGACUUCCGGUUCGGCCGGUGACCCCGCCGUUUCCUGUCACCAGAGCUUUUCCCCGAGCUGGUGCAACUACGCCCCAUACUCAACGGCCAGGCAUCAUCAUCCCGUCGACACCGCCGGUCAUCACCACCCCCACUCGCAGGCCGGUAUACCCUACCUCACACCCUCGGCAGCGGACGAUCGAGGAAGGACCGCAGCCGCCAUGGUCGCCGCCGAGGGGGCCUUUCCUCACGACGGAUACGGGAGUCUCAGGAACUACGGGGCUCCGGAACCGGUUACCUCCAGCCCUUAUCCACCUCCAGUGAUGUGGGGUUCCUCCCCAUCCUCGUUGUUUCCCGCAGCAUCACUGGCGGGCGUCGGCGUGAGCGUCGGCGUCGGAGGAAUGGGAGUCGGUUGCGGCGGUGGAAAUCCCCUGGAAUGGACGGGCCAAGUGACGGUGCGCAAGAAGCGCAAACCGUAUUCCAAGUACCAGACGCUGGAGCUGGAGAAGGAGUUCCUCUUCAACGCUUACGUGUCGAAACAAAAGCGAUGGGAGCUCGCGCGGAACUUGAACUUAUCCGAGCGGCAGGUGAAGAUCUGGUUCCAGAACAGACGGAUGAAGAACAAGAAGAAUAGCCAGCGGCAGUCUCAGCAGCAAAACAACAACAACAACAACAGCAACGCGAACAACGCGAACCACCACGGAGCCGCCGGAAGCCACCACCACCCCGGGGGCCAUCCGCCUUCCGGUCACCACGUAGUUGCGCAGGCGCACCACGCGAACGGACCCGCCAAGCAUCAUCAGUGACCCGUGGCUUACUCUGGGGUUGUAUUCGACCACCACCACCCCCACGGCCACGCCGCCGCGGCGCCCGGGGUCCACGGGGGCGUCGGAAUCCACGGCCACGGCCUGGUCCCAGGGGGCGGCGGGGCCCACGUCUCUGGACACGGACUGCACGGGGUAGGUCAGGCCCAGAUCGGGGCCCACUCGGCGUCGACCGCUGCUGCCGCAGCGGCGAUACACUCGCGGAAUCAUCAGCUUGCACACGCGGCUCACGCGGCCCAGCAGCAUCUGCUUCAUCAGACGUCCCACGGACUCGCCGCGUGAAGCUUCUCAAAGUUCAAGCUCUACACAAAGUUU